GCAGCUCCCGGAAGCUGAGGGGGUUAAAGACUUUCUCUUCCUUUCCCCGCCUCUUAGUCCCGCAGAUUGCUAGUCGACAUAGCCAAUAGGAGGGCGGACUGGUACUUCCUGUUAUUUGAUUGGUUUAAAGUUUUGCAACCGCCCAGACAAACUUGCCGAGGAUUGGCUGAGCCUUCAGUUUUGAAAAUCAUAGAUUUCGCCCGCGCUGCGCCGCCUGGUUGCUCCUCCCGUGCGGUGAGCCCCGAAGGCCCGGAGCCGAGUGGGUCUGGGCAAGCGGGGCGUCAGCUAGGGAUACCACCGGAUUUGGAUCGGAGCAGCCUUCAGGGGACGUGGCGCAGUCGAACAGAGCCACCAUGGGGACGACAGCCCCAGGGCCCAUUCACCUGCUGGAGCUAUGUGACCAGAAGCUCAUGGAGUUUCUCUGCAACAUGGAUAAUAAGGACUUGGUGUGGCUUGAGGAGAUCCAGGAGGAGGCCAAGCGCAUGUUCACCAGAGAGUUCAGCAAAGAGCCAGAACUGAUGCCCAAAACACCUUCUCAGAAGAACCGACGGAAGAAGAGACGGAUUUCUUAUGUUCAGGAUGAAAACAGAGACCCCAUCAGGAAAAGGUUAUCCCGCAGAAAAUCUCGGAGCAGCCAGCUGAGCUCCCGACACCUCCGCAGCAAGGACAGUGUAGAGAAGCUGGCCACAAUGGCGGGGGAGAACGGCUCCGUCCUGCGGCGUGUGACCCGUGCUGCGGCUGCGGCUGCUGCGGCCACCAUGGCAUUGGCUGCACCUUCUUCGCCCACCCCUGAGUCUCCCACGAUGUUGACCGAGAAGCCCAAGGAUAACCGCACCCAUUGCCAGCUGGUGCCUGUGGUGGAGAUUGGCAUCAGUGAGCGCCGCAAUGCUGAGCAGCAUGUCACCCAGCUUGUGUCCGUCCAGCCUCUGCCCCGUACUCUGUCCCCGACUCUGGCUUCAGCCACAGCUCCAGCCUCCCAGGGCAUCCUGACAUCAGAUGAGGAAUCAACACCUAAGAAGUCAAAGGCCAGGAUACUGGAGUCCGUCACAGUGAGCUCCCUGAUGGCUACACCCCAGGACCCCAAGGGUCGAGGGGUCGGGACGGGGCGGUCUGUGUCUAAGCUCAGGAUUGCGCGGGUCUCCCCUGGCCCACGGGACUCGCCAGGCUCUCCAGACUCCCCGUGGCGGGAGCGGGUGCUGGCUCCCAUCCUGCCGGAUAACUUCUCUGUGCCCACGGGCUCUCCCGCGGACUCUCAGUCGGUGCAGCACAGCCUGGUCGCCCCGUCCUCCCUGAGUCCCCAAGUCUUAGCCCAGAAGUACUCUCUGGUGGCCAAACAGGAAAGCGUUGUCCGCAGGGCGAGCAGGAGGCUUGCCAAGAAGACUGCCGAAGAGCCCGCUGCCUCUGGCCGCAUCAUCUGUGAGUCUGGGGGCUUGGCGGUGGCGGGUGGUCCUUGGUGCCAGGCUCAGAUGGAGGGUUUCUGAGGGAUCAUCUAGCAAGGAGCUGUCCAGAGAGCUUUCUGCAGUGAGGUGGAUGUUCCACAUCUGUGCUGUCCUGGGUGGUGGCCGCUAGCUGGCCCCAUCUGGCGAUUGUGUCCUCAAAAUGUGGCUAGUCUGACUGAGGAACUGAAUUUUAAAUUGUAUUGCAUUUUAAUUUUUUUAGAUUUAAAUAGUUACAUGUAGCUAGUGGUUUCCACGUUGGAUGGUGCAGAUCUGACCCAACCUACUUGCUUUACAAGUGAGGAAAUUGAGCUUCAGGGAGGCUGGCCACCAUGUGGCCGUGGUUACUGGCCAUGUUGAGGCUGGAGCCUGGGCCUCUUACUCAGGACCGGCUCGUUCCUCCCAACCCCGUGCUGCAGAGGCUGCUUAAAUUCACCGGGUUUGUGCGCCGCCAUUAGCGACACUGCGUUUGAUCUGGAGGAGGGAAUUAUGGCAGCAGGUUCCUUCUGGCAGAUCAGAUGACUGGGCAUCUGAUGGGAGCCAGGAGGGGGAACCAAGCUGACUCUGGAGCUGGCCAGCGUGGGUCUGAGUGCCUACUCAGCCAUUCACUUACCCCGCAGCCUGGGGCAGGUCCUGGAAACUUCACGGGCCUCCACUCCUCGCCUGUCAACUGGGGCUAAUCGCGUCACUUCAAAGGGUCGUUGUGAGGUUUUCUUUGGUCCCCCCACACGGGGAAUUUAGAAGGGUGCCUGGCGUAUGGGAAGGACUGGGUAACGUUAGCUGCCCUCUCAGAUCUCAGCUAAGGGGGCCGUUGCCCACUGGAGCAGGUGUCUGGAGGGGCAGGCUGGCUGCAUGAGGAGGAGGUGAAGUCUGAGCUAGGAGGGUUCUGAAGGAUGGCUGCGCUUUUGCUAAGCGGAAAAAAAAAAAUGCAGGGAUAUGUAUUCUUGGCAGAGGGAACAGCUUGUACAAAGACCCUGAUGCCUAAAGCAACAAGUGAUGGGGGUCUGGGGCUCAUGUCUCACACAAGAGCUUGAACUUGACCCCACCGAAGCAAAAGAAGUGGCCUGAUGAUGGUGAAUGGAGGGAAACAGGGAGACCAGAUAGGAGGCUGUUGUAAGGAUGCAGUCAGAGGAUGGGCGAAGCAGCGGAUUGGUGGUGAGGAUAGGCCAGGAUUUAUCUUUUUUCUUUUUUUUUUUUUGGAUGCAGAGUCUCACUCUGUUGCCCAGACUGGGGUGCAA